AUGGGGAGUCGGGCGGGAGCAAUGUCAGCCAUUCUGUGCUCCAUCAAAAACUUUUUCCUAGGAUUAGCGCGAGGAGCCAGAGAUAUCUACAGGUCCGUCGUAAACUGGAUCAAGACGGCAUACUCACCGAAUCCAUACUACCGCGGCAACAUCAUCACCGGCACCGCCAGCAGCGGCCGGGCCCCCUUUGACGGCAACCUCCGGAUGGUGAUAUCGCAAGUCUUCCAGCCCUCCGACUGGACCGUCAUGGAAGUCGCCGUACUGAGGCCCUCCGGCCCGCCGGUCAAGGCCGUGCUCAAGGUCUUUGACCGCCGUUUCUCGCCAUGCAUUCAACGGCUGCGUGAACGCCGGGGACUCGGCGAGUGGACCCCUGAGUUUGAGGAGGAGUUCGUCGACUACGUCCGCCGGGGAGCCGCCAAUGAGUACCUUUGGGGAUCCGACAGCGACAGUGACGAUGACAGAACCAACCAAGCUAGGGCCAAUGGGGAGAAGGCCGAUGAGGGGGAGGAGGAGGAAGAUGAGGCGCCCAUCAACCUGCUCGAGGAGGAAGUCAAUCGCCAGACUCAGUGUGACGCGAUUGCCAACGCGCGGUUGUGUCGUUUACAAUCCCGAAUGGGCGCGGAGAAGGGUAUGAGGUUACCCAGGGCGCAUUGCACGGUGCAAAUACCGGUGGGAGGAAAGGUUGACAAUCGUCUACUUGAGGUUUACGGUAUUUUGAUGGAGUAUGUACCCGGCUUCAGUUGCGAUGAUACCGAAUGA